AUGGCGCUGAGCAAACGCUUCGAAAUGACGGAUCUCGGUGAGCUCGAUUACUUUCUCGGCAUGGAGAUCAAGAACGACCGUAAGACGGGAAUGGUGACUGUACAACAAACCAAGUUCCUCAAGUCCGUGUUAACCAAGUUCGGAAUGGAUAACAGCAAGCCAGUGAAGACGCCUCAAGAUCCCGGCCUGAAGCUAACCAAGAACAUGUGUGAACAAGAAUGCAAGCACGAAGACACCAUGUGCAACGUGCCAUAUCGAAGUGCUGUCGGAGGCAUCAUGUAUCUCAUGGUCGCCACACGUCCGGAUCUAGCUGCUGCAGUGGGAUCAUUAUCCCAGUUCUCGUCCGACCCAUGCCCGACUCACUGGCAAGCUUUGAAGCGUGUGCUGAGAUACCUGCAAGCAACGCCCAAUCAUGGUCUUGAGUUUACACGUGAAGAAGGAAGCCGUAUCUGCGGGUACACCGACGCAGACUGGGCCGGCGACAUUGAGUCAAGACGAAGUACAAGCGGCUAUGUGUUCAUGAUGAGCGGAGGAUGCAUCAGCUGGAAAAGCCAGAAACAACGGACGGUCGCGCUAUCUUCAACAGAAGCAGAAUACAUGGCGCUUUCCGUGUUGAAAAAGACAGCGGCUGUGAAGAAGACACCUCGUCAAGCUGCGUCAAGUGUUGAAGCAAGUGGAAGACCAAGCUUCGCUAUACCGGUGGGUACCGGUAUGUACCAGUAA